UGCAAAAUAAACGUGGGUACUGCAGAGAACACAUCGUCCUGAAUCAAUUGGAUUCUGGUCUCCAUCUCAGAAAGUCUGACGAAUAGUGCAAAAGAAAUGGACGUCAACGCCUUUUCCGAACCAUCAGCUUCAGACUUCAGGCACCGGUGGGACGUGUUCCUGAGCUUCAGAGGCGAAGACACCCGCCACACCUUCACUUACGACCUCUACAAGUCUCUGGAGAAACAGGGCGUUCGAGUCUUCUUCGACGAUGAGGGUUUGCGUGGUGGGGACGAGAUCCGGCCAGGUCUGUUCGAGGCCAUCGAGGACUCGGCCGCUUCCAUCGCCAUCAUAUCCCCGAACUACGCGUCUUCGCAUUGGUGCCUGGAGGAACUUUCCAAGAUAAGUGAGUACCGGAGACUCCUUCUCCCCGUCUUCUACCGAGUUAACCCGUCGGACGUUCGGCUACAGAGGGGACCUUUCGAAGAACACUUUAGAAACCAUGAAAAUACGGAUAAGGACAAGGUUAUGUGCUGGAGGAAAGCUAUGGAAAAGGCUGGUGCAAUUGUUGGUUGGCCUUUCGAUAAGAGGUGUGAAAGCGAUGCUGAGGCGAAAGCGCGGUUGAUUGAAUCUUUAGUCAAAAGGGUGUUGACUGAACUUGCCAAUACUCCAGUGGGCCUGACUUCAUAUACAGUUGGACUUGAUGCUUGUCUUGAAACAUUAAUGAGUUUGUUGGAUGUUAGAUCCAAUGGAAUUCGAGUUCUUGGAUUAUAUGGGAUGGGUGGGGUUGGUAAGACAACCCUUGCUAAGGCUCUUUGUAAUAAAAUUGUUGGUCAUUUUGAUUGCCUUAGUUUCAUUUCAAAAGUAAGAGAGAAUUCCGCAAAAGAUGCAGAUUUGGUAUCCCUUCAGAACAAACUUAUCUGUGACCUUUCCUCGGGUAAGUCUCCUGUGUAUUCUGUUGUUGCAAUCAAAGAGGUACUUCAUGACAAGCGAGUUCUUGUUGUUUUGGAUGAUGUUGACAAUGUAAGCAAGCUUGAAGCACUCAUUGGAAGAAGAGAAUGGUUUUCUGAAGGAAGUAGAAUCAUCAUUACCACAAGAGACAGUGAAGUUCUACAUGAACAUCUUGUCACUGCAUUUUAUGAGGUAAGAGAGUUAGAUUCCUCUGACGCGCUAAAACUUUUUAGCUACCAUGCAAUGAGAAGAGAGAAACCCAUUGAUGAAUUUUUUAGCCUGUCCAAGGAAAUGGUGUCACUUAUUGGAGGUUUGCCAUUGGCUCUGGAAGUAUUUGGUUCUCAUUUGGUGGAUAAGAGGAGAAAAGAGGAAUGGGAAGAUGCUCUGCAAAGGUUGAAACGGAUUUGUCCACGGCAUCUACAGGAUGUGUUGAAGAUCAGUUUUGAUGGGUUAGAUGCAGAAGAGAAGCGUAUAUUCCUUGACAUUUCAUGUUUACUCGUAAAGAUGGAAAUGAAGAGAGAGGAUGCAAUUGAUGUAUUGAAAGGUUGCGGUUUUAGGGCUGAGAUAGCAGUCAGAGUCCUCAUAACAAGGUCACUCAUCAAGAUUACAGAGGACAACACUUUGUGGAUGCAUGAUCAAGUUAAAGACAUGGGAAGACAGAUUGAUCUAGAUGCUAACCCUCUAUAUCCCAAUAGUCGAAGUAGACUGUGGGAUCGUGAUGAAAUCAUGACCGUCUUGAAGAAUGAGAAGGGAACAGAAUGUAUAGAAGGGAUCGUGCUAGACUUUAAAAUGGGGCCCUUUAUAAAGGAUGAAAGCGGUGACAGAAUUUCUUGGGAAAAUUUUAAAAGGUCGCCCAAUUUUACCUCUCUGUUGACAUACUUGGAAGAAAGGAAUAAGUGUCCUGAAACUAAAGCAGAGAGAGAGAGGGAGGUAACACUAUACACGAAGUCUUUUGAAUCUAUGUCUAGUCUAAGACUUCUGCAAAUCAAUUAUACAAGAUUGGUAGGAAGGUAUAAGUAUAUGCCUGCACAACUGAAGUUCCUGCAAUGGAAAGGAUGUCCACUUAAAAGUCUUCCUUCCGAUUUUUGUCCUCGGGAACUUGCUGUCCUUGACCUCUCAGAAAGUAAAAUUGAACGAGUGUGGUGCAGGUACAGUAACCAGGUAGCUGAGAAAUUGAUGGUUAUGAAUCUCCGUGGCUGCCAUAAUCUUGUUGCUACUCCAGAUUUCUCUGGACAUCAAAAAUUGGAAAAGCUUGAUCUUGAGCAUUGUCACAGCCUAAUUAAGAUUCAUGAAUCAAUUGGAAACUUGAGUACAUUACUUCAUUUGAACCUGAGCAGUUGCUGGAACCUUGUUGAAUUUCCUGCUGAAGUCUCUGGCCUAAAAAAUCUAGAGAACCUUAUCCUCUCCGGCUGCUCAAAAUUGAAAAGGUUACCAGUGGACAUAGGUGACAUGAGAUCUCUGAAAGAACUUCAUGUUGAUAACACUGCUAUACAAGAGCUACCUGAAUCAAUAUUCCACCUUACACAGCUCAAAAAGCUUAAACUCAACGGUUGCCGGUUCUUAACCAAACUUCCCAACUGCAUUGGAAAGCUUUCUUCCCUGAAAGAACUCUCACUUAAUCAUUCUGCAGUAGAAGAAGUACCUGAGUCUGUUGGAAAUUUAUUAAACCUUGAGAAACUAAGUUUAACGGAUUGUAAAUCAGUCACUUCAAUUCCAGAUUCUGUUGGCACUCUCAUAUCAUUGUCAGAACUUCUCCUUAAUGGUUGUGCAAUCCAUAAACUGCCUGAUUCCGUUGGUUCAUUAUUAUAUUUGAAACACUUGUUAGUUGGAAACUGUCGGUGUCUGAGUAAUUUGCCUGAUUCAAUUGAAGGACUAGCUUCUAUGGUUGAGCUUCAAUUGGAUAAGACAUCAAUAAAAAAUUUGCCGGAUCAGAUUGGUGCCUUGAAAAUGCUGAGGAAGCUUGAGAUGAGUAACUGCAAAGAUCUUAUAUCUUUACCAAAAUCACUUGGAAAUCUGUUGGCCCUUACCACUUUGAACAUACACAAUGCCAACAUUUCUGAAUUGCCAGCAUCCAUAGGGAUGCUGGAAAAUCUUGUUUCAUUAGGAUUGACUAAAUGCACCCAGCUCCAUGAACUUCCUGCUUCAAUAGGAAAUUUGAAGUCUUUGGAGUCCUUGAUGAUGGCAGAAACUGCUGUGACAGAACUACCUGAAAGCUUUGGGAUGCUUUCAAGUUUAAAGAGAUUAGAAAUGGGCAAGGACCCUCCUCAGGAGUUAGCUAGAAACAGAAUUCCUGAGGAGAUUGUAACUGCAACUGCACAAGAGGAACCUAAUCCAGUCAGACUUCCGACUUCUUUUUCCAAUUUAUGCUCGCUACAAGAACUGGAUGCUCGAGCUUGGAAGCUACGUGGUAGAAUCCCUAAUGAUUUUGAAAAGUUGUCAUCAUUGCAGAAUUUGAAUCUAGGCCACAAUGAUUUCUUCAGCCUUCCAUCAAGCUUAAGGGGCCUCUCGCUACUCAAAGAGCUUUUAUUGCCCGACUGCAAAGAGCUCACGUCUCUUCCUCCACUUCCCUCGAGCUUGGUGAAGGUGAAUGUUGCAAACUGUACAGCAUUGGACACGGUGUCUGAUCUUUCUAACCUGGAAAGCUUGUGGGAGCUGAACCUUACGAACUGUGACAAGGUGGUGGAUAUUCCAGGCCUUGAAGGCUUGAAGUCCUUGAGAAGGUUGAUCAUGACUGGUUGCAGAACAUGCUCGUCCGCAGUAAGAAAAAGGCUUUCUAAGGUUUGUUUGAGGAAUUUAUGCUAUCUGAGUAUGCCAGGAAGCAAAAUUCCAGACUGGUUUUCUGGAGAGGUGGUUACAUUUUCAGAACGUAAGAACCGUGCGAUCAAAGGUGUGAUAAUAGGUGUUGUUGUCUCUGUCAACAAUCAAAUACAAGAUGAGUUAAGAGAUCGACUCCCUUUGAAAUGUGGUAUACGAGCAUAUAUUACCAAACUGAAUCAACCUAUAUACACUACAAUGCUGGAGUUAGAGGUCCCAAAGGUGGACGAAGAUAAUCUUUACUUGUGUCGUUUUCAUGAUUAUCGCCCUUUAGUAACUCAGUUGAUGGAUGGUUAUAAGAUACAAGUGACACAGCAAGACCUGCCAUUCAUCAAGGGGGUUGAGAUGAAAAAGUGGGGGAUUUAUUUGAUUUUUGAAGGUGAGGAUGAUUAUGAAGUUGAUGAAGAAUCAUUGCGUGAAAGCCAACUAUCCAUUUCAGAAAAGCUAGCAAAGUUUUUCAGCUCUCUUGGAGAGGAAGAUCACGUCUCUGAAUCUGGUCGUGAAGUAGAAAGCCAAGCACAAGAGAUUGAGGAACAAGAAGAAAGAGACAGAAAGUCCUUUAGGUGGGGCUUUAUGCGGCUUGUUCGAGGGUGCUUUUGUUUUUAAGAAGCAGCAGCAGCGGCUACUUUGUAUUCUUCAUUUUCCCAGCGUCUGCAUUGUUUGAUGAGAAUGUUAUAAAUUGGAAAAAAACAGAGGGAGGGACAGAGAAACAAACCGUAGAAAUUACUGCUCAUAAAAUAAGGUAGGUAGUAAACUUAUGCAUCAGAUUUAUAUAUUUAAUCUGAUGCAUAACCAUUCUAGCGUUAAAGGGGCCGGAUGUGUUUCUGAGCCUGAGGCGCUAAGUUGCUAGAAAGAAAUGACAUUUGAAUAAUUUGAGUGGUAGAGUAUUAAGGAGUUUGAUUUACUAUCCAAGAGUGCAAACCAUCAAAAUUCCUCUCAUUUGUAUUACCAGUUAUUGUAUAAUUUUAUUUAUAGAUUUUACUUAUUUUUAGAUUUUACUCACGUA